GUCGAUACACAGCUAUAGAACACGAGAAGAGCUAUUACCCAGUAGAGAGUUCAAACACGGCAACUAUGAGCAACAAAAUGAUUGAUUUCGAGUUGGAGAAAUUCAACAUUCGUCGCUGGAGAGAAGAAGCAGGUUUCGCAGAGAGGGCAAGGGACGACCUCGGAGAAACUGAGGAACUGAGGAGAGAAACUCUCGAAGAGUUCAGGGCGCUCCUCAAUGAGCAGGGCGAGUUCGUAGCUCGAAUCGAAGAUGAUUAUUUGCUACGGUUCCUACGAGCGAAGAAGUUCGACGUCGACAAAGCUUUCCGUCUGCUGCGGCAGUACUACAGGUGCCGAUUGAUAUGUCCAGAAAAAUUCUGUCCGAUCGGUCUCGGACCGAGAGAUAUCAAACAUCUUUACGACUUGAGAAUGGGAAUGCUUCUGCCCUAUCGCAAUCCAUAUGACGGCACCGCUAUCAUUGUGAUGCAAUUCGGGGACUGGACCCCGGAAUCGGGUUACGAUCUGAUGGACACGUACACUCCAGUCGCUCUUGCAUUCGACUACGUGUUGAAAAACCCGGAAUGUCAAUUGAACGGUUUCAGAAUCAUUUUCAAUUUCAAAGGUCUUGAAUUGCGUUACCUGAAAUUCCUCCAGCCUGAUGUCGUGAGGGCGUUGAUGACUUGUUGUCAAGACGGCUAUCCUGCUCGCUUCAAAGGUGCUCAUAUCGUGAACAACUCUUACAUCUACAACAUUAUCUGGGCGUUCGGGAAGCCAUUCCUCAACCAGAAGGUCCGCGAGAGAGUGCAACUCCACGCUAGUGACAUGAGCUCUCUUCACGAGUGGAUAUCGCCCGAAAUUCUCCCAGAAGACCUGGGUGGAAAGGCCGGCAAACUCACUCACCACUGGCUCAUGGAUGAGAUGUACGAUCGACACGACGAAUUCGUCAAGAACAGUUACUACGGUUACAGGGAGGACGCAAACGGGAAUUCAAUCGACUUCACGAAAGAUAGAGAGAAGAGCAGACAAGAUGCCAUAGCAUGAUUGAACGUCUAAUGUCCCCUUGAAGGGAAAUAUUUUUUGCUCCGGUCGAGGGUGUCAGCGUCCCAGGAGGGUGAAUUGUUCUCAAAAAAGUCGGUAGCGUCCCACUCACUAGCAUUAACAGCUGAGCGCGAGCCGGAUGCUCGUACAGAUCUUAUACCGUAUAUUCAUGCAUAAUAUAUAUUAUCUAUGCUUACGUCGUGCAUAGAGACGGGACUAGGAGCUUCACCAUGAGAGGGAACCUCUUACAAUAUCGUUCUGGACAUAUCAUCGGCUGAAUCUUUCAUUGAAUUUAUGUUCCUUGAAAUAAAUCCGCCGGAGAUCCGUCU